AUCACAUUAAUUCACAUAAUAGCAAUUAGCCUAAAAAUGAAUCGAAACAGCAUCAUCAUCAUCAACCACGUCAGGGAACACACCAUGAAAAAUCGGCAGAGCUCAUCCUAGGUGGAGGAGCUUUGGGGGUCUCCAGGCGUGUGCUAUGUGUUGCUGGUGCUGCUGCCUGGAGUGCAUCCAUAACAUCGCUCCUCUCAACCUUCUCUUCCUCCACUUCUCCGCCGACCCAGCUCUCCCAGGCGAAGCAGGAGCAGCACCUGCCUCCAUGGCUUCCAUCUCGGUCCCCAACCCGGUCCCUUCUGCGACCCAAGACGCCGAGAACAUUAGGAAAGCAGUGCAAGGAUGGGGCACGGACGAGAAGGCGCUGAUCGAGAUACUGGGCCACCGGACGGCGGCGCAGCGCGCGGAGAUCGCCGUGGCCUACGAGGGCCUCUGCAACGAAUCCCUCCUCGACAGACUCCACUCCGAGCUCUCCGGCGACUUCCGGAGCGCGAUGAUGCUGUGGACGGCGGACCCGGCGGCGCGUGACGCCAAGCUCGCCCACAAGGCCAUGAAGAAGAAGGGCGAGCGGUACGUGUGGGUGCUCAUCGAGGUCGCCUGCGCGUCGACGCCGGACCACCUCGUCGCCGUCAGGAAGGCCUACCGCGAGGCCUACUCCGCCUCCCUGGAGGAGGACGUCGCCGCGUGCCCGCUCUACAACAAGGACCCCCUCCUCAAGCAGUUCUUGGUGCGGCUGGUGAGCUCGUACCGGUACUCCGGCGAGCUCGUCGACGACGAGCUGGCGAGGGCGGAGGCCGCGGAGCUGCACGACGCGGUGGUGGCCAGGAAGCAGCCGCUGCACGGCGACGUCGUGCGCAUCGUCAGCUCCAGGAGCAAGCCGCAGCUGAAGGCGACGUUCGAGCGGUACAGGCAGGGCCAUGGCAAGGCCAUCGACGAGGUGCUCGAGGAAGAACGCCGCAGCGACCAGCUCGCGGCGGUGCUCAAGACAGCGGUGUGGUGCUUGACGUCGCCGGAGAAGCACUUCGCGGAGGUGAUCCGGAGCUCCAUCGUCGGGCUCGGGACGGACGAGGAGUCCCUGACGCGGGCGAUCGUCUCGCGCGCCGAGAUCGACAUGAAGAAGGUGAAGGAGGAGUACAAGGCCAGGUACCGCAAGACGGUGACCAGCGACGUCAACGGCGACACGUCCGGAUACUACAAUGGCAUCUUGCUCACUCUAGUCGGGCCCGAGUGAAUCACCAUGGAUGGAUGAUUGAUCUAUAUGUAGGUUUGCGACUUGUAGCUUGAUUGUUCUUGGUUUGAUUGAACAAAAUGCCUACACAACUGCUGAGUGAAAAUGGUGAUAUUUGUCCGUUUGGUGAUAAUAAAACGCCAGAUCGAUGGGAAAACCAAUUAAUUAACAAAA